AGCGCUGGUGUGGCUGUGCCGACUCGGGCCGUACUGAGCGGAAUAGACGCGCCAACCGUCGCCGAACGAAGUUCACUCUUUACCACCACCUUCAUCAUGCCUCCCCGACGACGACCGCAAUUUACGCAGGAACAGAUCGACCAGCAGCUGCAGCAGAUACAUCUGCUCGACCAGUCCUCGUCGUCCGAGAACCUCGAGCAACUCGGGCCCAUCAUCAAGCAGGUGCACGCCAGCCGCCAGCAGGAGACCUUCCUCCGCACCGUCAAGGGCCUCGUCGACGCCAAGGAUGCCGAGAUCGAGAAGAUAUGCGCGGACAAUUACCAGGACUUCAUCCACUCCGUCUCCACGCUCUUCACCGUGAAGUCGUACACGGAGAAGAUGAAGCAGAACAUCCUGCAGCUCGAAGGCAGUGUCAGCCAGCUCGGGAAGGGCCUUGUCGACAAGAAGCGCGCGCUGCUGCAGACGAAGAAGACCGCGAGCAACCUUGACGAGGCGAUCGACACACUGCAGGCUUGCCUUCGCGUGCUCGAUGUCGUCAACCGCGUCGGGGACAUGAUCAAAGACGGGAAAUACUGGGGUGCCCUUAGGUCAUUGGAAGACAUCGAGAGCAUGCCGCCUACGUCCCUCUCGCAUACACCCUUCUUCGAGCACCUUCUAUCUUCCCUUCCCUCCCUCCGACGACAGAUUAAGGAUGCCGUUACCGCUUCUAUGAAGCAAUGGUUGCUUGAAAUUCGUAACGUGAGCGCGCAGGUUGGCGCUCUGGCUCUCGAAGGUAUGGACAUGCGGAUACGCAAGUGGCGCAGCCGGCGAGAGAAGGACCCGCUUCUGCGCAUGAGCAAGGUCGGCAGCGCGGUGGAGAUGGUCACCUAUGAGAAGACAGAAUUCAACGUGCUGGACAACCCCCAGCUCCGCAUCGACUUUCGCCCGCUGUACGAAUGCAUACACAUCUAUACCACGCUCGACUCUCUGGAAGAGCUGCAGAAAUCAUACCAGGCCGAUCGCAAGGCCCAAUCCGACCUCAUCCUGCCCUCUCCCCUUCCCCUCGCGUCCCUCUCCGAAUAUACCCAGGAAAUCUCCGGCUUCUUCAUCGUCGAAACCAACGUCUUGCAAACAACGAACAACUUCCGCUCCGAACGCGAUGUCGUUGAACUAUGGGACUUGCUCAUCGCACGUCUCAUCGCUGGAAUAGAGGCCUCCUUAACUACCGAAACCGACCCGGAUGUGUUCUUGAAAGUGAAGGAGUGCUUGCUUGGGUUCAUCAUGACCGUGGAGGCGCCGUACUAUAGCACGCAGCCGCUGAACUCAUUCAUCAUGGUGCUGUUCGAGAAGUACGCGAAGUUGCUGGAGUCGCACUUUAGCAAGCGCUUCGAGACUAUUGUCUCGCAAGAUGACCACUUGCCCAUGCAGGUGGAGAACGACAACGAAGUUGACGGUGUCUUGGAAGUCAUCUUGGUCACGGAGCAGGAGAAAUACGAUAUUCGCAGGGCGCCGCUCCCGCAGAUUCUGCCAUGGUCGCAGACCUUCUACCUGUCUUGUCAGGACAUCCGCGGCUUCAUCCAGAAAUUCUACACCUUCGUGGAAGGCGUGUCCGACCACCACCGAAACAUCGACGACCUUCUGAGCAAGUCACUCGAUAGCCUCCUGAAGGACCACAUCAGCGAGCCCGUCGCCCAGCGCCUCGCCGGCACCUCCACAUUCUCCCAGAUCGCCCAGAUCAUCACGAACCUCGAGUAUUUCCAAGGCGCCUGCAUCGAGCUCGAGAAAUCCUUGACUAAGCUACGCUCUGCCAACCGCGGCGGCGCGAUCUCCCUCAACGCCUCGACCGCCUUUGAAUCGACAAUCACCCGCGCCCUCACCCGCCUGAACACCCUCACCACCUCCAAGCUCGAUGACUUCUUCGAGCUUUCCGAGUACGACUGGACACCGCCCGCGCGCGAGUCGGCCCCCAGCAUGUACCUCUACGAGCUGAUCAACUGGCUCACGACCGUCGUGGACUCGCUGCAGGUGAAGGAGACGUACAAGGACGAGGCGUACAGAGGCGCGGUCAUCUACAUUUCGGACUGCUUGAUGGACUUCCUCACUGGAAACAGCAUCCCUAUGAUGAACGAGAAUGCCAUAUCGAACAUCUUGCUAGACGUCGACUUCCUCGAGGACGAGCUGAAGCGUAUCGGCCGCGGGCAUCUGGUGGCUGUCUUUGCCGAGCUGCGGGCGGUAAGCUCUUUUCUUCGGUGCUGCUGCAGACGGUCUCAUCCGACCUUCCAGACCUGCGGCAUUGCUCUGAACAAUACUGUUCAAGAGUAUCUCGUACCUGCGAAUCGCAGAGCUGCGUACAGCAUGGUCAAGCACAAGCGCCUGCAAGCCCUUUUGGAGAAGCUUGCCAGGUACGGCGCCCAACAGCGGGCCAAUCCGGAGCGCGAGCUAGGCGAGCGUAGACGUAAGGAAGCAGAGGCAGUUGGCCGCCUUUUCCCCGGAGAGGUAUAAUGCACAACCCCAGCUUGUAUUAUAUUAGUACCGCCAUCCUCUAGUCUGACAACUGCGCGUACCGCUCUAUAAGGCAAAAAGCACUGGCAUUGGUCGACCCAUGCCUUCGCAUGUACAAAGGAAGUGCGGAGCGCUAGGCAAACACAAUGCGUAACAGAAAUCGUGAAAAAAUAUAGAACUCCGAAAG